AUGAGCUUGUUCGAAGGUCGCAUGAAAGAAUACCCCAUUAUAUCUCUGGACCGCUUCGACAGAGAAAAUUUAUAUGCCAGAGCAUAUUUUUUGUCGCACUGCCAUAAAGAUCACAUGAAGGGUUUAAAGGGACCGUUGCUCAAAAGAAAAUUAAAGAUCAGCUUAACUGUCAAAUUAUACUGUUCACCCGUAACAAAAGAGCUUUUACUGAGCAAUCCAAAAUAUGGCUUCUGGAAAGAUCAUAUUGUUUCUCUUGAGGUGGAUAAUCCAACUCAAAUCUCACUGGUAGAUGAAAUAUCAGGAGAGAAAGAAGACAUCGUGGUGACGCUGCUUCCCGCUGGUCAUUGUCCAGGAUCAGUCAUGUUCCUGAUUGAGGGAAACCAAGGGACGGUGUUGUACACAGGGGAUUUCAGACUGGGGAUAGGGGAGGUGGCACGCAUGGAGUUCUUACACUCAGGGGGCAGGGUGAAGGACAUUCGGAGCGUUUAUCUGGACUCGACCUUCUACGAUCCCAGGUUCUUCCAGAUUCCCAGUCGGGAGGCCUGUCUGAACGGGAUCAGGGAGCUGGUGCGGGAUUGGAUCGCCCUCAGCCCGUACCACGUGGUUUGGCUGAACUGCAAAGCCGCAUACGGCUACGAGUAUCUCUUCACCAAUCUCAGCGAGGAGUUCGGCGUGCAGGUCCACAUAGACCGCUUGACCACGUUCCGGAACAUGCCUGAGAUCCUGUGUCACAUGACCACCGACCGAUCCACGCAGAUCCACGCCUGCCAGCACCCACAGGACGACGAGUACUUCCGCGCCGGCAGGCUGCCCUGCGGGUCCACGGCGCCGAACGGCAAGCCGCUGCAGGUCAUCAGCAUCAAGCCGUCAACCAUGUGGUUCGGGGAGAGGAGCAGGAGAACCCGCGUCGUCGUCAAGACAGGAAAGAGCUCUUACAGAGCAUGCUUCUCCUUUCAUUCCUCCUUCACCGAGAUCAAAGAUUUCCUGUCCUACAUCAGCCCUGUCAAUAUAUACCCCAACGUCAACCCACCUGGCAAAACUCUAGAGGACGUCAGAGAAAUAUUGAAACCCAUGUGUAGAGGUUACGGAAGCGGGGAAGUGACCUACAAACCACUGGGGCCUCUCAAAAGAGCAAAAGCAGAGCCCGCUUCAGCUGAUUCUGACAGUGAGGAUGAGCUGUUUGAGGAAGAAGUGGUCACUCCCUGGCAAAGGAAGUUUCCUGGAAAAGGGCAGCCGUUGUUCCUCAAUCCCCUGAGCUCAGACAACAGAGCGCCCUCUAACAUCCCGGAGGACCUUUGCUCAGAACUGCACCCCGCUCAGGAGAAUCUUAACUAUAUGGACUGCACAGAGUCCAAUGAUGAUGAGGACGAUGAGGAAGAAGAGGAGCCCGCAGAGUUCCAGCAAGCCACCAACGACGGGGUCACAGGGAGCCUUCCCAGAGGGCAAAGUGCAGCCAUCGGCUCCAGGAGGGAAGCAUGUGACCGCGAGGAUCAGCGGAGUGCAGGGGGCAUCUCCCGGCCUGACUCCAAGGCUCUCUCCUGGGAGGCGUUUUUUGCAGUUGACCCAGCACAAACGGACGAGGGCUCGGAGCUGGAGAGCAGCCAGAGCAGCCUGGUGCGGUCAGCGGGCGUGGCGGGGUCGCAGUCCCCAACCCUGUCCAGCGACUGGUAUGACGACGCCACUCCCGUCUGCUCCCAGUCCAGUGACGUCUCUGACCCUGGCACAGAGAGCUUGAACCAGGAGGACACUGUGUGGAGAGGAGGACUGAGCCUGUCUGACGGAUGUAUAGACAGGCAUUAA